AUGCCGUCUAGAUGCGCCUUUCUACGACUGCGGGUUCGCAGAGGACGUAAACUCUGGAUCGUAAGUGCUCAUGCACCUACGGAAACCGCUGAGAACAACAGUAAGGACGUACUCUAUGAUCAACUCAAUGCGUUGAUGUCUAAAAUACCAAGCCAGCAGGUGGUCAUUGUCGGAAUCGACGCAAAUGCGAAGAUGGGACUCAAACAGCAAUCCGAUUUGCUAGGAAAAUGGUACUAUGCAGCGGAGCGUGAAAAUCUAGAGCUGUUUGGGACGUCGCGUUCGCCUCUGACCACCGUCCAGUUCUUCUCAGCUUCAAGAUACGGUUUCACAAGAGAAACCGAGGAGAUCCUCUUCAACCGAAAAUCGACAUGCAAGUCUGAAAGAUGA